ACAAGGGCAGGAAGGGGGUAACAAGGGCAGCUCUCGGCUGCACGCCGGACGCUGUAAAACGGAGUUUCAAAGCGCACGGUGAGAGCAGAGGGGCGGCCCGUGUGCGAGCGCGGAGGACGCGGGCGGUACGCGCAGGGCAGGGCCCCUCAGGCCGCGGAGCCCCUCAGGCCGCGGAGCCCCGCGCCCGCCGCCCCGGCUCCUCCAGCCGCCGGUGGCCCCGCGCUGACGUCACGCCGCUCGCCGUGACGCCUGCGCCCAGCGCGGAGCGGAGCCGGCCUGCCCGGGGAGGGAACCGCGCUCCGUGAGGGAAGCGAGCCGGCGGCCGGGAGAUGGGCAAGGUGUGUGCUGUGUUCGGAGGAUCCCGUGGCAUAGGCAAAGCUGUGGCAGAGCUGCUGGCACAGAGGGGCUGCCGCCUGGCCAUCAUUGCUAGGAACCUGGACGUGGCCCAGAGCACUGCCCGUGGCCUUGGUGCAGGACAUCUGGCACUUAGCUGUGAUGUAUCCAGUGAAAAAGAAGUCCAAAAGGCUUUUGAGGAGAUGCAGAGGAAUUUGGGUCCUAUUAAUUACUUGGUUAAUGCAGCUGGGAUCAACAGGGAUGGUUUGCUACUGAGAACCAAGACUGAAGAUAUGAUAGCCCAGAUUCACACUAACCUUUUGGGAACAAUGUUGACAUGCAAGGCUGCUCUAAAGGUCAUGAUUCAGCAGCAGGGAGGUGCUAUUGUCAAUAUAGGGAGUAUUGUAGGACUUAAAGGCAACUCUGGUCAAAGUGUGUAUAGUGCUACCAAAGCAGGAUUAGUUGGAUUUUCACGCUCUCUUGCUAAAGAAGUAGCAAAAAAGCAAAUUCGGGUCAACGUUGUUGCUCCAGGCUUCAUUCACACAGAGAUGACAGCUCAUUUGGAAGAAGAUCAGUUAAAGAAAGCAAUUCUCCUUGGAAGAUUUGGAGAGCCUCAUGAAGUUGCACAAGCUGUUGUCUUCCUUCUAGAAUGCCCAUAUGUUACAGGGAGUGUUCUGGUUGUAGAUGGAGGCUUGCAGCUUAUGACCUAAGUACUGCCUUGAAAAAAUGACUGCUUUAAUGUCAUGAUAGUAAUAUAUAAAUAUGUACUAAAUAAAGGGAGAGGGCUGGAAAUUGUUUGAA